GCGUAGCUUGGUGGCGGCGCGGCUGGAACCCGCUGGAAGAGAUACAGGCUACUCCAGAGCAGCAGCAGCUGGUGGAGAAAUGGAGGUGCAAUCCUAUUAUGCCAAGCUCUUGGGGGAGUUGAAUGAACAGCGAAAGAGGGACUUUUUCUGUGACUGCAGCAUCAUUGUGGAAGGGCGGAUCUUCAAGGCCCACAGGAACAUUUUGUUUGCCAACAGCGGCUACUUCCGAGCCCUGCUCAUUCAUUAUAUCCAGGACAGCGGGCGGCACAGCACCGCCUCCUUAGACAUUGUCACCCCUGACGCCUUCUCUACCAUCUUAGAUUUCCUCUAUUCUGGCAAACUGGAUUUGUGUGGAGAGAACGUGAUUGAAGUUAUGUCGGCUGCCAGCUACCUACAGAUGAAUGAUGUGGUGAACUUCUGCAAGACAUACAUCAGGUCAUCCCUUGAUAUCUGCCGAAAGAUGGAGAAGGAGGCGGCUGUGGCGGCAGCAAUGGCGGCAGCGGCUGCGGCGGCAGCAGCGGCAGCUGCAGCAGCAGCUCAUCAGGUUGACAGUGGAAGCCCCAGUUCAGGCAGGGAAGGGACCUCCUGUGAUACCAAGAGCUUGUUCUCUGCAGCCAAGGGAGAAGAGAGCGUGGACUGUCCAAGAGAGUCCUCUUGCAGUGACUGCAGAGGCUGCCACCCCUUGGAACUGGUGGUGAAAGACAGCCAGGGCAGUGGCUUAGCUGACAGUGACCUCUCUACUCUGCCCAAACACAUAGAGCCCAAGGUGGAGUUGGAUGCUGACGAAGUUGAGGUAGAGGUUGGCGAGCAGCUGCAGCAGUAUGCUGCCCCACUGAGCCUGGCCCACAUGGAGGAGGGUUUGCCCAGUGGCCAGGCAGUGGACCUGGCUUACAGUAACUACCACGUGAAGCAAUUCCUGGAGGCCCUCUUGCGCAACAGUGCUGUCCAGAGCAAGGAUGAUGCGGACCAUCACUUUUCUCGGAGUUUGGAGGGAAGACCAGAUGGUGCAGGAGGAGCUAUGAGUUCCAUGAUGGAUGUCCAGACUGACUGGUAUGGAGAGGACUCAGGUGAUGUACUGGUGGUCCCCAUCAAGCUCCACAAGUGUCCUUUCUGCCCUUACACUGCCAAACAGAAGGGCAUCCUCAAGCGACACAUCCGCUCGCACACGGGUGAGCGCCCCUACCCCUGUGAGACCUGUGGCAAGAGGUUCACUCGGCAGGAGCACCUGCGCAGCCACGCCCUGAGUGUCCACAGAUCCAACCGCCCAAUCAUCUGUAAGGGCUGCAGGAGAACCUUCACGAGUCACCUGUCACAGGGGCUGCGGCGCUUUGGGCUGUGUGACAGCUGCACCUGUGUUACAGACACACAUGAUGACGAGGAUGAUUUGAUGCCCAUCAACCUUAGCCUGGUGGAGGCUUCGUCCGAAAGCCAAGAGAAGAGUGACACAGACAAUGACUGGCCAAUCUAUGUGGAGUCUGGUGAGGAAAACGACCCCGCUGGAGAUGAUUCUGACGACAGACCACAAAUUCGUUCCAACCGAACAGAUCAAGGGACACUCACGUAGCAGUAAAUUAGUGGGGAAGAGGGUUUAGAAUUUGUUAUUGCUCAUUCUGUGGUUGAAAGCCACCUUUUGUCCAAUUUUUGUGGAACUCUGAGAGGAACAUUUUUUUCACUGUUAAUGUAUUUAUUUACAUUUUUGUUGGACUGCAUGGCAGAGGUUGAAUGUUGUGAUUCGAAGGACUAUGACUUUUUCAGUGUGGUGCCUUUGGUUUCUGAGGGCUUCGCUGACCAUCCUUAAUUCUGAGGGCAUCAAGUCUGGCCCUCAGGCUUCCUGUUUUUCCUAUUGUGCAUCCAAACUCUGGUUAGGAGAAAAAUAAGAAAACCCCCAUGCUUGUUUUCAUAUUGUCUCAAUUUUCUGCAUUCCUUUGUUGUCAUCUCCCUGUCUCUGAAAAGGUAGGCAAGAAUGUAUUAAGUUGAGAUCAAUCUUACCUCUGCCAAGCCUCUCCUCAUGAAUUCCAUUUUUGAAUUUUCUGCUGAAGUAUUUAAGAGAAAGCUUUAUUGAUAGAAGGCAGGCAGGGCUGUCUGGCUACAUGAUUGUAAAAGGUACUUUCUGACUCUAAGGCUGCAAUUUUAAAAGCUGUGGGUAUUUAUGUUAGACAAGCAUGGAAAUAAGCUAAAAACUUCUUUAUGGUGCUCUGACUUGCCCAGUUGAAUUAAACUUUAAGUUAGCCCUGGAAAGGGAGCCCAGGAGCCCAGGUCUGGGUGGUUUUCCCAGAUCGGUUUGGUGUUUCACGAUUCUAUAUACACAAAUAACCUGUUUUGUGAUCAUCAAACAAGUCAUUUGGGAAAAAUUUAAAAGGCUCCCCUGCUUUUUCAAGCCAUGUCCAAAGACCACAGCUGUGUAACCUGGAAAUGGAGCUACCACUGACAUUCUUUUACUUAGUUUAUGAAUACAACUUUAAUUGGAGGGAAAGAGUAAGCCUAUAUAAACAAGUUAUAUUUCUAAAUUGUUUAGCUUUUGAAAGAUCCUCUAGAAGGGAAGAGGUUAGUAGAAGAACAGGUUUUUAAAACCAGUCUGCUUUCAUCCACUUUGCAGGCACACAAUUAUUUCUAACAAAAAGCUAUACUUCUUUAAAGGGCUAACAAGCAGGAAAUAUUAGGGAUUAAUAACAUUUAAGAUACUUGCAUAAUUUUGUCCUAUGUUAAGGUAUCCAAAAUGGAUUUUAAAAGAAAUCCCUUUUUCUUCCUUUAAUUUUAGUAUAGUUAUGUUUCAAAAGGUAGUCAAAUCACUUUUCUUUCUGCCUCUUGAACAAAAAAGAUCAUCAAAAGCAUCAUAAAUUGUCUUGUAAAUGUUAGUCAUUGAAGAGUUCAAACGUGUUUAAACUGUACUUCUCAAUAAAGUUGAACUCUAGCUAGUACUACUCAAACUGUGGCCCACAGACAGGGGCUGGUCUAUGAAUUGUUUGAUACCAAUCCACACAGUAGGACCACAUAUUGGUCUGCUGUAGAUUGGAAAUGUAAAAAGUGGUCUUUUACCACAGGCAGUUUGAAAAUUACUGUUCUAGAUCAAGAGUUACAAAUUGAAAAUUAUCAAAGACCAGAAACACUUUUCUUAACCUGAAAUGAAAUAUUAGCUGUUGUUUUAACAGAGGGAUCUUAGCAAAAGGGAAUCCUAAAUGGACGUGUAGAAGAUAUACUUAGCAAAGACUUAUGUUUGAUAUUUUUGUUUCCUCUGUUGAAAGUAUUUUUGAUGUUUUAAUAUAAUUUUUCUACCUCAAAGUUUAACUUCUCUGCCUACUUUCUCUAGUAGAGCAAGGAUCCUCUUCAGGGACCCCAUGACGUAUUCAUAACACUGAGUGCAAUAUAAAAAAGUUUUACACUAGAGACUUCAUUGUAAGACAGUGAUUCUCAAUUGGGGGUGAUUUUGCUCCCCAGGAGAGAUUUGGCAAUGUCUGGGGACAUUCUCAAUUGCUAGAGCUUGGGGCAGGGUGCUGCUAGCAUCUGGUGGGUAGAGGCAAGGGAUGCUGCUAAACAUCCUAUGAUUCAUAGGAUGGCCUCUUACAAACAAAGAAUUAUCUACUCCAUAAUGUUAAGAGUUCAAGGUUGAGCAACCCUGCUAAAAAGUAAGAUCUUAAAAUUGACCUUUAAUGAGUGAACUGAAUUUCAGUUAUUUAGGUUACCUUUUAUCUUCUUAAUAUUUAAUAGGCUCUUAUGCUCUCACAAGUUUUAUACAAUAGUAGAUUAGUAAGAUGGGGAGCAGAAGCCAAAUUAUUCACAACUUGCCCAAAAUGUGAUUAGGUUUGUGAUAUGGAAACUUAGAAAUUCUGACUCUGAUUCAUACCCUUAGAACCACUACUAGGCUUUGAUCAUUUUAUUAAAUUUUGAAGUAGGAGAAUCAUUGGGAGGUAAAUGGAACAGGAAGCUUAAUAUUUAUUUAAAUGAUUCUCUUUUUUGCAUAAUGUCUCAGAUGGUUGCAUUCCUGGUUGGCUGUUUGGAGUUUGUGUGUUGGCAUUUGCAAUAACUAGAUCGUUGAAUUCUAUCACUUUUAAAGGAGAUCUUUGUCUGGACUAUCAGGUCAUAACUGCCCUGUUUUAAAUUUAUGUUCACAUUUGGUGGCCAGUAUUUAUAAUUUGCACGGUGUCUUUGAGGCUUAAUUUGUGGAGUUGGUGAUAUUUUUAUAAUAAGUAAAUUUAAAGUUGGGUCCAACACAGACCGUUAGUGAUUUAGAUUAUAGUCUAACAUCUUUCUGGCACAUUCAGUCCAAGUUCACAAAGAGAUACUUUUAUCUUAGAUAUAUUGCAUGAAUGGGAACAAGAUUCUUACUUUGAAUGGAACUUUAAAAUGGCACCCUUGGGAAGUUGUUUCUCUUUGGGGAAAGGGACAGGCUUUCACAGCAAGGGUGAGGGAGGAAUGUAAAUAAGGCCUGUAAUUGUAAUAAAUUAAGAAAUGGCAUAGAGCAUUGUGACUUCUGGCCCUCUGGCGGAAAGAUGCCUUUCUGAUGUAAAUAUUUUGGUGGCCAUUAGACUUUCAAUAUUCCUGAAGAAAGUGACCAACCAACGAUUCCUGAAGAAAGUGGUCUGCAGAAUGUUGUAGAAUUGAGUAUUUUGGUGGUUCGGAAUACUGUGAUGGUUUUUGGUCAUUGUUGUUGUUGUUGAUUGAUGUGAUAAACCCCACAGAAAGAAAGGCAAUAAGCAGGGCUACAUGUACCGAUUCUGAGGCAGUGGGGAAGGAUGAGGUAGCCUUUGGUCAACUGAAUUCAGACUGUUUCAUUUGGACUUCUAGGUUUUUCUUGUGUGCCCCUUGUGCAUUGACAAUAGAAUUAUCUCUGUGAGGUCUAGUGUAAAGGGAUAGGGAGGGACAAAGUGUUGGGUGGGUGAGAAAUUCCUAUUACACUCUGCUUUGAGCAUUACUGCUGUCCUUCCUGUUGUCAAUGGUCUCUCAUAGCUUGCCCUGUGCUUUCACGUGGUCACACUAUUUUCUAACCCCAAAAAAGGGAGCACUUUAUUCAGUUGCUUAUGAUGAGCAAUGUUUUCAUUGAUUUUUGUUUAGUACUUCCAGAAGAUCAAUUAUUACUGUGUUCCUCAAAUCUUUCAUUAUAGUGCUGAAAAUCUGAAUUAUUUUCAUCCACUAAUACUUCUGUAUAUAUAAACAAGUUUUUGUUUGGCAGGAAUAGUUUGGUUGGUUUCUAACAUGUCCUAGUUUGAAAAGGUGACACUAACUCACAUCAAAUGAUAUGGAACCUUUAUAACUUAAGGAGGACAUUUAGCAUCUGUUCUGACCCUCCAGGUAGAUAAUUUUACUACUGCCAAUUCUUCAUUGACAACUGUGGUCUUGGAGACCAAUUUUUAUAUCCAUCAUUGGAUUCUUGGACAAGGAGACAGACCCACAUCAGGCAAGUGUGAGAGCUAUCCUGUCUUAAAAGCCUCUUGUCGGGCCAGCCAAGUGGCUCAGUUGGUUAAGAGCUUAAGAGUGCAAGCUCUGAGCAACAGGGUCGCC